UUUAUUCACAUCCGGUCUUCCAUUCUCUUUGGUCAUCGUCGCAUAUGAUUGCGUUCUUGUUCCCUAACGUUCUUUAUCGAUCUUGCGUUUUCAGUAAAUUGUUAAACGUUUAAAUCGUAUGCGAGCAUUCGUUAGUCUGUACGUUAUACACAAUAUCCUCAUAGAGUUUUCAAUUCGACCACCGUAUUUUAGAUUAUCGAGUGCUAAUGCGUGGUAUUUCAGAAAGCUCACCGACUCGCGCAAUGGCGGAGGAUUUGGAUGUCGAGGCAAUGCUGGAGGCGCCAUAUAAGAAGGGGGAGCAGGACUCCUCAUCCAAAGACAAAUCCUCCAAGGAGAAUGGGUCUAGCCGUAAAUCAUCUGGGAAGAGCAAGCAUCGUUCUCGUUCCCGCUCUCGAUCACGGGACCGUCGGGAGAAAGAUCGUCGCGACCGCGACCGAGAUCGAGACAGAGAUCGAGAUCGUGACAGAGAUAGAGAGCGCGAUCGUGAUCGUGAUCGUGACCGUCGACGUAGAUCAAGAUCAAGAGAUCGGAGAGACCGCGAUAGAGACAGGGAUAACAACGAUAGAGAUAGGGAUCGACGGGAUAGAGACCGAGAUCGAGACAGAAGAAGGAAGCGAUCCCUCACACCAAUUACACUUCCCAGAGCAAGACUACCAUUUGGAAAGGGUGUCAGUCCUCUUGGCAUCAGAAAUGAUGAGCUAACACCAGAGGAACGGGACGCCAGAACGGUGUUCUGUAUGCAAUUAAGUCAGCGUAUACGUGCUCGAGAUUUGGAAGAAUUCUUUUCGAGUGUGGGCAAAGUUCAAGAUGUCCGACUUAUCACAUGCAACAAAACAAGAAGAUUUAAGGGUAUAGCAUAUGUAGAGUUCAAGGAUCCUGAAAGUGUGACAUUGGCACUUGGUUUGUCGGGUCAGAAGCUUCUCGGUGUUCCCAUAGUAGUACAGCACACUCAAGCUGAAAAGAAUCGCAUGGGUAAUUCCAUGCCAAAUCUAAUGCCAAAAGGUCAGACCGGACCUAUGAGGUUAUAUGUUGGAUCUCUACAUUUUAAUAUUACAGAAGAUAUGCUUCGCGGUAUUUUCGAACCAUUUGGAAAAAUUGAUAACAUUCAACUGAUCAUGGAUCCGGAAACCGGUCGAAGCAAAGGCUAUGGAUUCUUGACUUUUAGAAAUGCUGAUGAUGCAAAAAAAGCUUUGGAACAGUUGAAUGGCUUUGAACUUGCUGGAAGACCUAUGAAAGUGGGUAAUGUUACAGAACGUACAGACUUAAUACAGGGUCCAUCUCUUCUUGACACAGACGAAUUAGAUCGAAGUGGUAUAGAUCUUGGUGCUACUGGAAGGUUACAGCUAAUGUUCAAAUUAGCGGAGGGAACUGGACUUGAAAUUCCCCCUGCAGCUGCAAAUGCACUAAAUAUGGCUCCAGUUAUGUCAACACCACAACCACCACCACAAGCUGCUCCUCCUAUAGCGACACAGUGCUUUAUGUUAUCUAAUAUGUUCGACCCACAAAAUGAGACAAAUCCGAAUUGGGCCAAAGAAAUUCGUGAUGAUGUUAUCGAGGAAUGCAAUAAACACGGUGGUGUAUUACAUGUGUACGUGGACCAAGCCUCACCUCAGGGUAACGUUUACGUUAAGUGCCCGUCAAUAGCGACAGCAGUUGCGGCUGUCAAUUCGUUACAUGGUAGAUGGUUUGCUGGUCGAGUAAUUACAGCUGCCUACGUGCCAGUUGUAAAUUAUCACUCACUGUUCCCAGACGCGAUGACGGCUUUACAAUUACUAGUUCCGAGUGCUCCACGAAGGGGAAUGUGAUCUUAAGCAGUACGCAAACGCCAAUUACAAAUAUGUAAAUUUUAGUAUUACAUUUUUUCUUACUGGUAACCGAAAGGAAAUUUUUGUUACUGUAACAGAUCCGUUUAAGUGUCGUUUUAAGCCAUACAGGUAUUAUUAUCAAUCACAAAACACACCUGCGUGACUCUUUCAUACGUUCAUAAAAAUAACUACCUUUGUAAAGAGCUCUCAUUCGAUAUUAGGGAUUUUGACCAAUUAGUACACGCUGAAAAAUUGUUCUCAAUAAAUCUCUAGAUGCUCUAUUAGAGUAUGAGAUUGAAAUUACCCUUUAAAUAGUUCAUUAAUAUCAUAUGUGUACAAUGAUUUAUGAGUACUUACGUGUAUUCACGUAUCGAAUUAUAUUUUAACAAAUUCAGUGCAACAAGAUAUCGAAAAACUUCAUUGCCUUCUUUGUUAAAUAUGUUAAGUAAUAGAUCCUUAUUUAAGUACUCUUUUUUAUUACCUGUAAUAACUACACAAUUGAACAACUUUCGACGCUUAACCUGUUAGAGUAAAAUUAAAUUUUAAGUAAAUUUUGAAAAAAGUGGAAAGAUUAAUAGAUUGUAAUUUUAGUGCAAAGGCGUUGGAGGUGGUAAUAUAUACAUAUAUAAACAUAUA